GAGGGGAGAGAGCAAGUGGAUGAGGGAGAAGGAGAGAUCUAAAGGCAAUUGUUGCUUAAAAAAAUUCAUUUCUGUCCUAGAGGAGCCAGCUGGGAUUGAAUAUUGCAGGUUAAACGGCACCAGGCAGAAGGAGAUAUAUUUAGUGUGGGCUUUAGUGUGGAGACAUGGGUUACUGGCGUCGGCGUGUGGUGGCAGUGCCCCUGGCAUGCUGCUUGGGUUGCAGAUGGGCAUGGGAGGAGGUCUGCGGGGUGAUCCCGGCAGGAAUCUGCCCUUUGCAAUCCUGCAUGGUGUAACCUGUAAGGCAGAGAGUGGACACUUAGGGGACAAUGAUCCUGACAGGUGUAUGAGACAUCAUUUUGUUGAGACCAUCACACAUCCUAUCUACAAGUGCAAUUCAAAGAUGGUUCUCCUGGCUCGAUGUGAGGGUCACUGCAGCCACACGUCCCGCUCAGACCCGCUGAUCUCUUUCAGCUCUGUCCUGAAGCAGCCUUUCAAAAGCACGUGUUUCUGCUGCCGUCCACAUACCUCUAAAUUGAAGGCGGUACGUCUGCGAUGCUCGGGCGGGACACGGAUAACCGCUACUUACCGUUACAUCCUUGCAUGCAGCUGCGAGGAGUGCAGCUGAAUAAAUUUGUCAUGGAGAAAGACCCUCUGGCUGAAACACAUAAAAAAAAAAGUUGAAGGUACACUUUAUUGCUGAUGAUUCAGAGCAAGCAUUUUACGAUUCAUUAGCACUGCCGCAAUGUUGCCAACAACCCAUCAAGACUUCAAGAAGAAUCACGUCACGUGUAAAGCGGCGAAUGCACUCUGAUUUCCAGAUGUCGGCCCACCAGUCGCACCUGCGCAUGCGCUCAGCCAGUCAAUUUACUUUUAUUGCAUUCCAUUGUUUUGAUCACUGCGUGUGUAAAAUAGCGGAUGCCGACAACAAAAUCGUAAAUCUUGAAGGAAAUUUGAUGAAGCUGAAGCUGAAGGGGAGUCACUUUGGCAGACUAUGUUUUACAAUAUCUGAGAGACUUUAUACACAGACCAGGACAGAAAUGUUUGCAUAGACAAUGCAAGUGGUGAACUAUAAAAGUUUGAGUUAUGUCUAGAAUAGAAAUUGAUAGUUCACCCCCCUGAAGUCUGGUUUGGAAUCACAUGACAAAAUGUUGGGGCGAAUUGUCCCUUUAUGGUCUCUGGAUUUGUUCCAGCAUACAUUUUUGCUUCAUUAUACUGGCUUAAUAUUUAAACAAUGAAAAAUACUCUUGUAACGAUCAUAUUGCCAAUUUUAGACUUUGUAAACCUCCUACAGCUUUUUUACUGUGGAGUUCACAGCAAUCUACUAUGCCAGACUGUAUGUGGAAAAUGUCAGUGUUAAGUCUGUUUAUUUCAACAUCAAAGUCUCGCAAUGGCUCAUGACACAUAAUAGCAGCAGGUUGUCAAGCUAAUCACGUACAGUUAUGAUAACUAUGAUGUUUGCAUUGUGGUAUUGUACAGUAAAUGACGAGUACCAUGUAUAAAAAAAAGGAAAGAAAAUGUAUUGUUCCUCAAGUUUCUCUUGUCUGUGGAAAUAAAUUCAC